UGAUAAAAUGUUCAAAUAGAUUCCAUUCUCUUUCAGCUUUCUCAAUGUUUACUAAGACAUGUGUUCUUUGGUUUUCAACAGCAUUGAUCCAAAAGCCGUAGAACUGUCUAGUUCAGAGAUUCCAAGAGCAGAAGAAGAUGGAGUAGAGGUCAAAGUCAUAGCCGGAGAGUCAAUGGGAGUUCAAUCUCUUUCCUACACAAAAGUACCAAUCAUGUUCCUUGACUUUACUCUCCAGCCAAGAGCUCAAACUCACCAGACCGUUCCAGAGUCAUGGACCGCCUUUGCCUAUGUUAUAGAUGGUGAGGAAGGCGUGUUUAGCACCUCGGACUCUUCCACUGUACAAGCACAUAGUGUUGUGGUGUUUGGAAAAGGGGAUGGAGUUAGCGUGUUGAAUACGUCAAGCUCUAAGCUGUUGAGGUUCUUGUUGAUUGCAGGGGAACCUAUCGGUGAGCCUGUGGUUCAGCAUGGUCCAUUUGUGAUGAACUCACAGGCUGAGAUUGAUCUGACCAUUGGGGACUAUCGCAAUGCCAAGAAUGGCUUUGAAGGAGCUAAGUCUUGGAGGUCAGAGUAAAAAAAGUUUUGAGGGUUUCUUCUUUUAUUCCACAUGGAUUUAAUCUUACAUCUUAUA